AUGACAAAACGUCUACAUCAUUCAUCAUCAUCAUCUUCAUCAUCAUUAGAAGUAUCUACACUAGAGGAUAAUGAUGAUCUUGAUUUAUUUUCUUUUAAUCGAAUUCCAUGCCGUACGAAAAACUCCGGUCGAUAUCAAUCCAAUAUUUAUACUGGUUUAAUAUCAUCAAAUCGUCGGUAUUCAAAUGGAAAACUUUUCACUCGUCUCGAACAAUUAAUAACAAUAAAUCACGAUGAUCAAAUUCGUUCGUUAUUAUUAACACUUCGUCAUUAUUCAAUGAAACAUCAAUGGACGCGUACUCUCUAUUAUUUAAAAUAUAUUUUACAGUCAUCAUUUUGCCGAUCCUAUAUUCGUCUUUAUUGGCAAUUUAUAUUUCGUUAUCUCAUAGAAAAUUUUCAUUCCAACGAUCAAAUCGAUAUAGAUUUAUUACCACAGAUCUUUGAAAUACUAUUUCAUUCGCCAACAAUCAAUCGUACACAAACAUUUUAUUCAUAUCUUUGUUUGUAUUUAAUAAAUCCACAAACAAUUUAUUUAUAUAAUGAUAUUGAAACACGUUAUAAAAGUCUUCCAGCAUCGUUCUAUUCAGGUCGAUGUAAACAUGUCACUUACAUUCCCAUAUUUGAUCCAAAAUUUGAACAAUUAUUAAUAAUAAAUUUACAUUUUCUAUAUGAUUAUAGACAAUGGCUAAAUAAUUAUACAAUUAUUCAGACAACAAUAAAUCCAUUUCAAGAUAAAAUUCAAAUUUUUAUUGAUGACGAACGAGAUUUAGAAUUAUGGACAUUUAAAUUAUCGACUAAUUUUCAUGAAAUUCAAUUUCUAUCGAAUCAAUACUUUGAUAAUUAUGAUAUUUAUUUACUGAAAUAUCUUUAUUUUCUUUAUGUAACUGAGACGCAUACAGAUCAUAUCUAUCCUAUACUACAAUUGUAUGCUGAACAACAUCGAACAUAUAUAAAUGCCUAUAAAUAUAUUUACUGGUUUGAUUCCAAUCUAGAUGAUCUAAAGAAAUUAAUUGAUUUAGAUCCAAGUUCAUCACCUUACGCAUUAAUUUAUUGCCAAGAAAUACGUAAUCCUAUUGAAAUAUUUGAUCGAUUAUUUGAUUAUUUAGAUUAUGAAAAAAAUAAAAAUGAUUAUCAAGCAUGGAAUUUACUAUUGAAAAAUCUCUUCCUAAUUGAUAUUGAUGAUAAAAUUAUAAUCGAAUGUAUUAAACAGAAUUGGUUAAUAAGAAAAAACGUAUGGAAAAAAUUUCAUUUUAAUAAUUUUGAAAAAAUUGAUUAUGAUAAAGCAAUGAUUGCCUAUAUAUUAAUUGAUAAUGCACAAAUAAGAAUAAAUAUACGAGACAAAUGGUUAAACAAUGAAGACAAUGAACAAGCCGAUCUAUUACAUCAACGAUUGAGUGUUAUUGAUUAA